GCUGGUCCAGCAUGGGCGGAAUUACAAGCUGGAGCUGUAUUGGACCAGGAGUGUGAUCGGAGUUCGCCAGAAGAAUGGCCCACAGGUCUGGAGCAUGAGCUUCAAGAAUUUGAAGGUCGGCAUCCUCGUGGCCAACGAGAUUGUCUCCCUGUUGGAUCGUGAUAUGAACAUCCAUGGUGAGGAGAUGACGAAUACCAUCAGGAACUUCCGUUCAGAGCUUGAGGAGCAGUAUGGAGAAGUUUGGCCGUGA